GUCUCUAAGACUAAUGAAAAAUUUUCAUAGGUAAAAAAUGGUUCUUGCAAAGUUUCAAUUUUGUAAAUGAGAUCUAGUUGUUCGACGUCUUGGGAAAUGUUCGAAACCGCACAUGAGUUAUACAUGUGUUAGCAAAAGUAGCGAGCUGUCAGAUUCAGAUAGCGACAAUAGUUGCCAAACGCGCCGACAUCCCUACAACACUCGCCUUUCAACUAAAAGUUCCAAUGUUCAGCAAAGUUGCACACCGAAACGAGUAAACAGAACUAGACGCUCGUCUCCUUACAAAUUCAGAAAAAUUAAUGAAGCUGUAACUGCACUAUCAAACAAUAACAUGGAUUACUGUUGUCAGCCAGGACCGCCUCUCCGAAGAAUCAGAAACAGCUCGCCUUUCUGCACCUUUUUGCUUUUCUGUUUCUACCUCCUCCUCCUUGCAGGCGCUUUCUUUGUAAUAUACUCGCAGUAUUUGAUAACAAAAGAAGUCGGUAAACUUAAGGAAGAUAUAACUAAGAUGAAAGGAGGGCCCAACAGACGAGAAGACCCCCACGCGAAACUAUCACAAGAAUUAGACAAAAAAUGUAGCGAAACUCUGAAACUCCUGCUCAAAGAUCCAGUUGGUCGGCCGGACUUUGCCUUAGAAUCGAGUGGAGGGAAAGUGUUAAGUGUGGAGGCUGCCCCCUAUUCAAAUCCCAAGUCUCUCUUUGGAUUCAGCUUGUGCGAGGGUGAUCAUGGCCCAUCCUCGAUGAUUCAAGCCACAACGGCUCCGGGUCAGUGCUGGGCCUUCAAGGGGCAAACCGGAAAAGCCGUCUUGCAGCUUAUUGAUUAUGUUCUGAUUGAUUCCGUCACUUUGGAGCACAUUCCACCGACGAUCUCCCCAAGUGGGGGCAUCGACUCAGCGCCCAAAGACUUCAAAUUAUGGGGUUUAGAGAAGCCGAACGGGGCAAAACUAUUUUUAGGCGAAUUCAGAUACACAGCCGAAGGCGGGACCGUGCAAACAUUUAAUGUUAAUAACGUCUCGUCUUUUUACAAGUACGUCGAGUUUGAGAUUGUGACCAAUCACGGGAACAAGGAUUUUACUUGUGUUUACAGGAUUCGGCUGCAUGGGACCGCAAGGAAGUACGGGUGAGCACCGUGUGUUAGCGAAAUUAUCCUUGUUAUAAUAAAACUAAUGCACGUCAGAAUAA